AUGGGUUCUUAUGCUGAACGUCUCGAUCAAUCGCUAAAAAUACUUGAAAAUGUUUCCGUUGAUUCAACCGAUUCAAAGCUUCAACCAACUUCUUCUUUAAAAUCAAGGAGGAAUCCAAAAAUUUCAUUUGAACCUGAAAAACAUGCUUUGUCUGAGCUUUCCAUAUUGUUAACAAAUUUGGAUUCUCUUGGUGCUGUUGGAAAUCAACAAAUUAGCCGUGAAAAAUUGAGCCGAGCGAUUGCAGUUCUCUUUCAAUUUAUUAACCAUCCUGAGCAAAGUCUUCGCUUUUUGGCUGACCAAAUAUUAGACGAAAUUUUUAGAAAAUUUGUUCUUAAAUUUCAAGCACCAAAGGUUAUUGCUUAUUUACUGACUGAAUUGGACAAGAAGAAAUCUCCUGGGCGUUUGAUUUGUUCCGUUUUACAAAAAUUAAGUUGGGUAGCUGUUUACACAAGAGCACAAAGAGCAGACCAGGAUGAUUCUGUUCAACAAGCAAUUCAGCGAUAUUUUCCUGUAAUAUUUGAUUAUUUUGGUCCUUUUAUUUCUGCUUCGCAUACGGAACGGGCUACUGAAUUGUUUAAUGUUGCGAUGAAGAAUUUAAGUUCGGGUGGUGUUAAAAAUAGAGCUGCCUCGACUGUUAUUAGUUGUCUUGCUAAAUUUGUGCCUUCUAUUCUUCAUAAAUCAUUCUAUCAACUAUCUGAUAUAAUCCUGCAAGGUAGAGAUGAUGAUGAACAACAUCAACAUGAAAUUUCUGGUGCUUUAAAUACUCUUUCCGUAAUUUUACCAUUUGUGUUGGAAAAUACGAAUCAAAAUUUGGCUUUCAUGUUGAAAAAGUUACUAUGUCGAGUACUUUGUUGUCUUUAUAGUCGCGGAAAUGAAGUUGUUCUUGCUUCCCUCGAAUUUUUACAAAAAUUUGUUUCAAAACACCAACAAUUUAGGGAUUCUAUUCAACAAUUAGCUCAAUUUGAUCCUUUAUUUGUUCAAAUGCUUGGAUCUGAGGAAAGAUCUACUUUAAAAUCAAAUAUUUAUUGUGUUGAUGAACAAAGACCAAGUUGUUCUAAAAGUUUUGAAAAAGAAUUGGAAGAAGGUAAUUUUUAUAAUUUAACUUUUUAA